UGUCGAGUCAUCGGUGAGGGUACAGUGCCAAUAUCCGACUUACGGUGUAAUUACUGUGUAAGGCGAAGGCGCAAGACACGGAUUACAAAACCGACCAACAAGGCCCACCUCUCGCGCUUCCACCAGCAAUCGACAAUCAACGCUCUCGAACCUCAACGCUACAUCGCUUCUAUCGCGCAACAAACCCCGACCCGUUCGCAAACUACGAAACCGCAUACUCAAAAUGGGCAAAGUUCACGGUUCCCUUGCCCGUGCCGGCAAGGUCAAGUCGCAGACCCCCAAGGUCGAGACCCAGGAGAAGUCCAAGACGCCCAAGGGCCGCGCCCACAAGCGCGAGAUCUACACUCGCCGCUUCGUCAACGUGGCUGUUACCGUCGGUGGGAAGCGCAAGAUGAACGCGAACCCGACUGCUUAGAUGAGGAGAGGAGAUGGGGAUGAAGGGGAUAGGGGGGUGGUUAUGAGGUUG